GCUCAGACCCCUAAAUUAUCUCUGGGAAGGCCCUGCCCGGGUGACAAGAAUCAGCGCCACGGCCCUGGCUGUCCCAGGCUGUGGCUUGAAUGAUAACAGGAGGACCCUGCGCCAGAUGGGACCUGCCCCCCCUGAGCUCUCCCAAAAGGUGGAUGUUGGAAACCUCUUUUUCCAGAUGGGGACACUGAGGUUCAGAGAGGUUAAGGAAUUUCUCCAGGUCACACCGUAACCCAGCCACGAUGCCUGGAUUUUUUUUUAUAUAUUAAUUUUUUUAAAAGUUUGUUCGAAGGCCUGGAUUUUCACAGGAAGGCCUGGCUGAGUGCUGUCUCUCUCUUUCCUGCCAUGUCACGCUGCGGUUCAGCGGGGUCCAGCCCUGGACGACAGUGGGGAACCCGGGGAUGGAUUCCGGGUCAGCAGCUUUGACGGUGGCAUCGGCCUGAUUGCCAGGAUUUGCAUUUCCGAGGACUUGAGUCAUGGAAUCAAAAGCCACAAGGAACCAGGGGCAGCCAGGGAAGGAGAAGCCGAGCCCGGUCUGUGUGCUGCACGUCAAGGAGCAUUCUACUGUGAAAUCAAUCAACUAACUAAUAAAAACACCCACAAGGAGCGGCUGGACCUGGCCCCUGGUGCUACCUGCUGUGGGCACCCAGGAGGGCCCGGAAGAGGGUGGACGGCGGGGCCAGCUCCAACGUCUUCUCCAUGUUCGACCAGUCCCAGAUCCAGGAGUUCAAGGAGGCCUUCACCAUCAUGGACCAGAACCGGGACGGCUUCAUCGACAAGGAGGACCUGAGGGACACGUUCGCGGCCCUGGGCCGCAUCAAUGUCAAGAACGAGGAGCUGGAGGCCAUGGUGAAGGAGGCCCCGGGGCCCAUCAACUUCACCGUCUUCCUCACCAUGUUCGGGGAGAAGCUCAAGGGCACGGACCCAGAGGAGACCAUUCUCCACGCCUUCAAGGUGUUUGACACCGAAGGGAAGGGAUUCGUCAAGGCUGACCUCAUCAAAGAGAAGCUCAUGACCCAGGCCGACCGGUUCAGCGAGGAGGAGGUCAAGCAGAUGUUCGCGGCUUUCCCGCCGGACGUGUGCGGCAACCUGGACUACAGGAACCUGUGCUACGUCAUCACGCACGGCGAGGAGAAGGACUAGCGGACGUCCCCGCUGAGCCGGCAGAGGCCGGGGGGGCGUUCCCGGGGAGGGACCCCUGUCCCGCGGUCCAGCCCAGGCAGGAAUAAAUGCCGCUGAGGCCUGA